AUGGGUCUCAACGGAUACCUGGAGCGAGGCUUGAGUGCCCUACUCACCAAUGUGCGUCCCACUCUUCUCAAGACUGGAUUCAACAUUGUGAUUCUGGAUGUGGAUGUGUUCUAUCACUGUCUAAGGUCUAUAAUUGCCACUGGGUCAAAUACCGGAAUGCGGUGCUGGAAAACGACAAGUCAACAGCAGACGGUGCGAAUGGACCAGAUAGGUUGGAGCGAUGGGGAAACUGCGUGGGAUAGCCGUUACUGUUAA